AUGGCGCACCUCAAAUCACCUCCUCUCGAAAGACCACGUUCGGCUGAAGAUAGUAAUGAUUAUCUGCAGAAGAAGACGUCGAACGAUGAGGAGUCGUCGCCCAAGAGCAACGGCGCCCAUGUGCGCUCGCCUUCCUCGUCCACCGCCGCCGCCGCCGCCGCCGCAGCAAAAGAUGACGAGGACCAAGCCACCACAUCGGAACGACUCGACGCGCUCGCGAAAGAGCGCGAUUCCCUGCGCGAGGAGGUCACGCAGUUGCGCAAGUCGCUGGAGACGAUACAGAGCAAACACGAAGAGGAGAGGACAGGGCUACAGACGAAGUUGGACGAGGCGGCGUCGGGCAAGGAGCACGCGGAGAACCAGUACCGCGACCUGCGCGGCAAGGUCAACACGAUCCGCAGCCAACUGGGCGAGCGCAUGAAGGCCGACGCCGAGGAGCUCGAGCGCUCUCGCGCGCAAAUCGACGACCUCGAAGAGCAGAACCGCAGCGUGCGCGAGGAGAACGACGGCCUUUCGGACGACCUGGCGAGCCUGCGCACGCUCAACGAAGAGCAGGCGGCGGAGAUUGCCAACUUGCGGGGCCGCGCGAACCUCUCGCAGCAAAAUUGGGUCAAGGAGCGGGAUGAGCUGAUACAAAGGGAGGCAUAUGCGCGGGAAGAGUUUGAGACGGCGAAGCAGGCGAUGCAAGAUUGGGAAGUGCUCGCCAUGGAAGAGAGGUCGCUACGAGAAAACCUCGGCGACCGGGUCACAGAGCUGGAGGAGCAGCUGAGCGCGCAGAGGGAGGCGCUGGAGCGGGCAGUCAACGAUCGCGACACUCAGACGUCGACUGUCGAUGGCCUGCAGAGGGCGCUCAGGGACAUCCAAGACGCGCGCAAGAAAGAGUUGCGAGAAAUCGUGGAAAACUCGCAGUCGCAAGUCGACGCCCUGAAGACCCAGCUCGCCGCCGCAGAAGAAGCCUCCGCCUCCGCCAAAUCCACGCUCGAGGCCACGCAAAAGGAGCUCGAGCGCGCCCUGCCCUUCGAGAAGGAAGUCAAGGAAAAGAACCUUCUGAUCGGCAAGCUGCGGCACGAGGCCGUUAUCCUUAACGAUCACCUUACCAAGGCGCUCCGGAUAUUAAAGAAGGGAAGGCCAGAAGACAACGUCGACAGGCAGAUUGUCACGAACCAUCUCCUUCACUUCCUUGCAUUAGACCGGAGCGACCCGAAGAAAUUCCAAGUGCUACAGCUCAUCGCCGCCUUGCUAGGCUGGAAUGAGGAACAACGCGAGCAAGCCGGCCUCGCCCGCCCAGGAUCAACAAACAGCAACCUGCGCAUCCCUCUGUCACCAUUCCGACGCACGCCGUCCACGCCCUCGCUGAACACGGACCUCCUGCUCACGGACCACAGCUCCAACAAGGAGAGCCUGGCAGAGCUAUGGCAGAACUUCCUCGAGCAGGAGGCGCUGGAGGGUAAGGGUGGGUCGGCCAACGCGAGCAGGAGGGGGAGCGGCAUCGUAAGCCCGACUAAUACGACAGGCGCCGGCGACGGGAAGGGCCUGGGUAUUUUGCCGUAG